CUCUUGUGUUGCUGGCUCUGCAGUUUUUUCAGAAAAUGGCGUUACGAAGUUGUUUGUCUCUUUUCGACUUUUAGGGAUUUAAGUCGAUCGACUGUUUGUAAAUUAAGGAAAGGAAUAAACAUCUUCGUUUCUACUGGAGAAAAAUAUCUGAACCAAGAUGCCAUUAUUUGGAAAUAAAUUUUCUCCCAAGAAGAUUCCCAAUCGAAGAAGCCAGUCUUUAAGCAAUCUAAGUUUGGAUUCAUCUCAAGCAAAAGAGGAAUUUGGCAUUGAAUGUGGACCAGCCAGAAUAAACUUGGGGGGAAGCGAAAUGACUUUUGAAGAUGGUCAUUGGAUUCCUGCCAGUGGCUUCGGUGCUGCCAGUCAUCAAGAACUGAUGAUUCUACGUAAGAAAAAUGAGCAACUACUCAAUGAAAACAACUUUUUGAAGAUAAAAUGUGAAACUUUGUUAGACAUGCUGACUGAAACCACUGUGAACUCUCACCUUCAAAUUCAAGAAAUUACCCAACUAAAGAACAUGGUGCGAAGUAAAAACAGAUGACGUGGCUGGACCACAAUGUUGUGUGUGUGUCUGUCCUCACUCGCUGAAUUUCCUAUUUCUAAAUCAGGUGUGUUUGUGUGUGUGUGUAAUUGGUUUCAAAUUUUGGCAAAAGGCCAGUAAUUCUGGGAUUUCAUCGACCCCUGUGCUCAGUUGGUACUUUAUUUUACCAACCCCAAAGGAAUGAAAGACAAAGUUUUUUUUGGGGGGGGGGGGUAAAUCAAUUUCAUCAGCCCCAAUACACAGCUGGUACUUUUAUCAACCCCCAAAAAAUGAAAGACAAAGUUUAUUUGGGUGGGGGUGGUAAGUCAAUUUCAU